AUGCAGCUGGGCGAGCCCCUGCUGGCUGCAGCGGGGGGGGGACCCCUGCCGGGAGCCCCCUUUUAUCCUCUGGAGGGCGGCGGGCGAAGCGCUGGAGGAGGAGGAGGAGGAAACAGCAGCAGCACCAGCACCCGCGGGCCGCCCCGCCCGGGCUCCCCGCCUCGCCUGGAGCUCGACAAGGCGGCCAAGAAGUUCGGGGGGGCCCCGGCCAUGCUGGGCGAGGCGGAGGGGGGCGAGCCGCCCUUCGUCGCCCCCAAAGCGGACGGCCGCAAAGCCACCCCCUGCGGGGAGGAGGAGCUGCCCCCGGCCGCAGCGGCAGCAGCAGCCCGCUACUCCCUGGACAGCCUGAGCCCCGAGCGCUACUACCUGCAGUCCCCCGGGCCCCCAGGGGGCGAGCUGGGGGGGCCCUGCGCCCUUUUCCCCUACCCUCCUGGGGCGCAGCACGGCGCCGUCUACCAGCCCCCCGGCGGGCCGCCCCGCUACCCCUACGGCUCCGUGCUGUCCCCCGGCGGAUUCACCGGAGCUGUGUGCCCCCCCGGGGGCCGGCCGCAGUUUGGCGGCGGAGGGGGGUACCAGUACGGGCAGGGGUCGGCCCCUGGGGGGCUCUACGGGCCCUACCCGGCGGCGGGGGGCUCCUGCGGGGGGCUCGGGGCGCUGGGGGUGCCGGCAGCCGGGCCCGGGCUGCGGGCGCAAGUCUUCCUCUGCAACCGGCCCCUGUGGCUCAAGUUCCACCGGCACCAGACGGAGAUGAUCAUCACCAAGCAGGGCCGGAGGAUGUUCCCUUUCCUGAGCUUCAACAUCACCGGGCUCAACCCCACCGCGCACUACAACGUCUUCGUGGAGGUGGUGCUGGCAGACCCCAACCACUGGCGCUUCCAGGGGGGCAAGUGGGUGACCUGCGGCAAAGCUGACAACAACAUGCAAGGCAACAAGGUGUACGUCCACCCCGAGUCGCCCAACACCGGGGCGCACUGGAUGCGGCAGGAGAUCUCCUUCGGGAAGCUGAAGCUGACGAACAACAAAGGUGCCAACAACAACAACGCGCAGAUGAUCGUACUGCAGUCUCUACACAAGUACCAGCCUCGGCUCCACAUUGUGGAAGUGACUGAAGAUGGGGUCGAAGAUCUGAACGAUUCUUCAAAGACUCAGACGUUUAUUUUCCCUGAAACGCAGUUCAUAGCAGUUACAGCAUAUCAAAACACUGAUAUUACACAACUCAAAAUUGAUCACAAUCCUUUUGCAAAGGGCUUCAGGGACAACUAUGACUCCAUGUACACAGCCUCAGAAAAUGACAGAUUAACUCCAUCUCCCACGGAUUCUCCUAGAUCCCACCAGAUCGUCCCUGGUGCCCGCUACAGUGUGCAACCAUUCUUCCAAGAACAGUUUGUCAACAACCUGCCCCCAGCCAGGUUUUACAACGGUGAGAGAACCGUACCUCAGACAAAUGGCUUGCUCUCCCCGCAGCAGAGCGAAGAGGUGGCCAGCCCUCCUCAGCGGUGGUUUGUUACUCCUGUACAGCAGCCUAGUGCCAACAAGCUGGACAUGAACUCCUACGAGACGGAGUAUUCUCCUAGCACCUUGCUCCCUUAUGGCAUUAAAUCCCUCCCUCUUCAGACAUCCCAUGCUCUGGGAUACUACCCUGACCCAACAUUUCCAUCCAUGGCUGGCUGGGGGAGCAGGGGCUCUUACCAGAGGAAAAUGACCACAGGAUUACCUUGGACCUCCAGAACAAGUCCUCCAGGCUUCUCUGAAGACCAGCUUUCCAAGGAGAAGGUGAAAGAAGAAAUUGGCUCGUCCUGGAUAGAGACUCCACCCUCCAUAAAGUCUCUAGAUUCAAAUGAUUCUGGGGUCUACACGGGUGCUUGUAAGAGAAGACGGCUCUCCCCUAGCACUUCAAGCAAUGAAAAUUCCCCAUCCAUGAAAUGUGAGGACAUUAAUGCUGAGGACUAUAACAAAGACACUUCAAAAGGCAUGGGCUACUAUGCGUUCUAUACUAGUUCUUAA